AUGGCCAACAAGGUGGAAAAUGAGCCGACGGUCCUCGCACCGGAUCAAAACCACUCCCACUCAGGCGACGAAACAGAAACAUCUACAGUCGUCGACGCUCACCCCUCACUGAUACAUGGAUACGACGACGACAACGACCUCGAAGCGGCAAGGUACGGAACCACGCUUGGCCAUGACGUGGAAAAGACCGCCACCAACGUCAGCCGGCGGAGCGUCCUGAGUAGGCUGUCGCGGCGCAAGACCAACAAGGAGUCGCUGCCGCCGCCGGUGCUGCCUCUCAUGGACAUUGACCGCGGCGUCGUCGGCUGGGACAGCCAGGACGACCCCGCCAUGCCCCUCAACUUUACGCCGUUCCGCAAGUGGCUCAUGAUUGCGCUGCUAUCCGCCAUCACCUUCAUGACACCGUGGUCCUCGUCCAUUCUCGCGCCCGCGCUCGGCCAGCUCCGCGCCGAGUUCCACGUCAGCAGCGCGACCCUCGCCGCCAUGCCCGUGAGCAUCUUCCUGCUCGGCUACGCCGUCGGCCCGCUGGUGCUGUCGCCGCUGUCGGAGCUGUACGGCCGCAACGUCGUCAUGCUGGCCUCCAACCUCGUAUUUUGCCUGUGGCUCAUUGGCUGCGCGCUCGCCCCCUCCAUUGACGCCCUCAUCUUCUUCCGCUUCAUGUGCGGCGUUGGGGGCUCCGCCUGCCAGACCGUUGGCGGCGCCAUCAUCUCGGACCUCUUCCCCAUCAGCCAGCGCGGCAAGGCCACCACCGUCUGGAUGAUGGGGCCCAUCCUCGGCCCCUCGCUCGCGCCCGUCGUCGGCGGCUUCGUCGCCGAGACGAUUGGCUGGCGCUGGACCAACUGGAUCUCCUUCAUCCCCGGCAUGCUCGUCGUCGCCUGCAUGCUGUUUGGCAACAAGGAAACCAAUGCCCGCGUGCUAAUACGCAUCAAGACGGAAAGGUUGCGCAAAGAGCUCGCCCGCCCAGAGCUUCGCAGCUGCUACGUCGACCCGGAUCAGCCCAUCAUGACCAAGCGCCAGAUCCUGCUCCUCGGCCUCACCCGCCCCAUCAAGAUGCUCUUCCGCUCCGCCAUCCUCUUCAGCAUCUCCGUCUACAUUGCCUUCAACUACGGCUGCCUCUACCUCCUCUUCAACACUAUGCCCACCGUCUUUGGCGGCAACUACGGCUGGUCUCUCGGCGUCUCGGGUCUGCCGUACUUUUCUCUCAUGGUUGGCUACAUCAUCUCCAUCACCAUCUUCGCCAUGGUCUCGGACCGCACCGUUGUGCGCAUGACCAGAGCCAACAAUGGCAUCUACGAGCCCGAGAUGCGAAUCCCCUACUGCACCUACUUUGCCAUGCUCAUUCCCAUCAGCUUCUUUUGGUACGGCUGGGCGGCGGAUAAGCAUGCCCACUGGAUCGUGCCCGUCAUUGGCAUCAUUCCAUUUUCCGCAGGCAUCAUUGGCGUCUGGACCCCGGCCAACGCAUACAUCAUCGACGCCUUCCCCGAGUACGCCGCCAGUGCCUUGGCCGGCUUCGCUGUCAUCCGCUGCACUAUUGGUGCCUUCUUGCCCUUGGCUGCGCCGGCCAUGUACGCCAGCCUCGGCCUCGGAUGGGGUACAUCGCUUCUGGGCUUCAUUUCGCUUGCUUUCGUGCCCGUCCCGUUCCUCAUCUUCCGCUACGGCAAGUGGAUGAGGGAGCGUUGGCCAGUUAAAGCCUAG